AUGUUUACUAGAUCAGGAAAUUUCUGUAACUGUCCACACUGGAUGCUGAAGGCAUUUUUUGGGCUCACCGAUCUUGAUAACAAAGGAAGAGGAAGAUAGCUUUGAUGAAGGCAACUUCAAACUUGUCCCUGGAGGAAAUUAAUAGUGAGGAGAAGAAACAUUUUGAGUCUUUCAUUAACCAACUGGGAGCUGAUAAUGUCUUUGAAGACAAGUCAGAAAUCUGGAAGAUCUGGGUGCAGCUCUGGGAAGCAGAACCACAUCUGCUGGGAAAUCUGAAGGAGUUCUUGGCUAAAAUGACACACUUGAUCAAGGAAGCUAAGCAUGAAAAAGAGAAGAUACAGUUACUACUGAAAAUACAAAUAUCUGAUCACAAUAAGAAGGUGCAGAAGCUAUAUGAGGAAAUGGAGCAGCAAAUUGAGGGGGAGAAACAAAAACUGCAGAAUGAGAGUAAAGCCAGGAGUCAGUUGCAUUACACAGAGAUGCAGCAAGAAUUGGAUGUUAGAGAACAGGAAAUUCAGCAUUCCCUCAUUGAUCAAAAAGAGCUUGAAACUCAGUUGGUCAGUCUCAGGGAGAAACAACUGGUGACCAGCACCCAAACCCAGCAGCUGCAACAAAUCAAGAGCAGCCUUGAAAAUCAGCUCCAUCAAACCCUCCAUCAGCUUCAAAAGACUGAAAGGUGCCUGGAUGUCAUGAAGGAUAGAAUAUCCCAACUGUACAGUGAAGACAGAGACACAGAAAUGGAGGGAGACACCAGCAAGGAUCCUCACUCUGCGCAGGAGCCUGUGAAUUUAGAUGAGACAAUCUUCUCUCAACAGGAGGUGAACAUGGAAUAUGUUCUGAAUGAGGAUAAAAUGGAUAGCUCUAUACAACAGUAAGGGUCAAAACACAUCUAUAACAGCUUUUAUAUAAAGAUAGGAUAGAAGGGAAAGGAAUAGUUUCCUGUAUAGGUGGGGCCAGGAGCUUCUAAGGCAAGAGUGAAGUAACAGGUGUAUUCAAGAACUUAAAAACCAGUUUGAAUUCUGAGCCUCCAUUAUCCAUUAACUCACAUGCUAGAGAACAAAGGAAAAAGCGAUUCAGACUGUGUUUUAUAACAGACCAAAAAAACCCUUAAAGAAAACUUCUUUGAAUCUUCUGCAAAAGUGGAUAUCUACCU